UUUUUCACGUGUUUUGCACUUGCCGUUCUUGUUUCAUUAGUUAAUUGUCCGUUAUUUAGUGUAUUUUUUGUGGAAAAUGAAACUACUAAUUGCCUUCGGGCUGCUCUGCCUCUGGCCCGUUCACAUCGGAUGGUGCCAGUCAGCGGAUAAAAAGGCGGAAAUUGCCAAACUGCGCAGCGAGCUGAGCCAAGCCUUGGAGGCCAGCGAUGCGGGACCGCCAGGAGUCAUCACACAGCCAGUGUGGACUAAGCAGGCACAAGGCCCCGCCACGGCCAGCAAAGUGAUUGUGGAUGAGGCGGCCCUGAGGAGCGCUGCAGCCCUUCGCGAAGAGAUCCAGAAGGCUGUGGCCCAGCAGGGCCAUACCAAAGAAGUGCUGCAGCUAGAUGCGGCUGUCAAGGCGGCAGGCAAUGCCCAGGUGGGCUCCAGCUUGGGUGAGGCGCGCCAGGAGAUGCUUGGCGCCAGCCAGGCGCCCGUGGACGGGCAGCCCAAUGUGGUGCAAUCGAGUGUGAACACGCCCGGCAUAGACCUCGAGCAGCUGCAGCGCCUCGAGCUGUCCAAGCGUCGCACCCGCGACCUGCUAGUGCUCAGCGGCAUCGUGGAGGACACACAGUUCACCCUCGGCUCGGAUGUGGGCCAAUGGGUGUCCGUGCAGGCCAAUGGCAGCGCCUACCUCGUGGGCCUGCAGCCGAAGGACCUACUGGUGCUCAACGGAGACUUUUCGCCGCUGCAGACGGUGCCGCUGGUGGCACCCAUUGACGCGAUGCUCAGCCUCGAGCGCUGGAGCAGCCACACCCAGCUGCAGGAGGGUCUCCUGGUGGUCGCCACACAGCAGCAGCUGCUCUGGCAUCGCCUGGAGCCGGGCCGUGGCCUGAUGCCCUUCUGGCACUGGCCCCUGGGCAGCCAGGCCUCUAAGCUAGCGACCUUCAGCCUGGACGGACGCGACUUCAUAGUCCUCACCGGCAAUCGCACGCUGAGCGUCUACUCCUACGACCUGGAGGCGGAGGAGUUCUGGAUCGCUCAGCGCCUGCAGCUGCCCGAGGCGAUAACAGCCAUGGCCGUGCUGGACACUGGCCGGGAGCUGCUGCUGGCCGUUGGCCAGACGGACGUCGCCCUCAUCUAUGCCUACAAUCCGCGCGAACGUCCGCUUGGGGAGGCGGGACUGCAGCUGCAGCUGCACCAGCGAGUGCCAGCGCCACAGGUGGCGGCCAUUGCCGCCUUCCAAAUGGGUGGACGCAGCUACCUGGCGCUGGGCGGACAGCGGCCCCAGAUUCUGGCCCAUGUGCAGGGCCAGCUCCUGCCGCGGACGAUUCUGGGUCAGAAUUUUGGCUUCGUGGAGCUCUUUCUGCCCGUGGCUGUGCGCAGCUAUCGGGAUGAUCUGCUGCUGCUCGUGCAGCAUCGCGUCGCCUUCGACACGCACUCGCUGCUGGUGCUGGAGGUGCUCAUCUGGACGGGGGAGGCCUUCGAGGCGGGAUUGCCGCCGCCCUGCGGCAUUGCCAGUCAGCCGAAUCACAUCACACACGGCGCCGGCUGCAUGCUCGACCAUGAGCGGGAGGCGGGCCUGAUUGGUGCAGCGUUGAUCCGGCAGCAGGAUCAGCCACCGCUGCUGCUGGUGCCCCGCCUGGAGGCACCGUCGGGGCUCUUUCGCCUGCAGACGAAGCUGCUGCCACGGAACUCCGAGACCAAGGAUCUGCAGGAGAUACACGAGUUCAUGCGGCAGUGGGUGGAGGAGCAGGACGCCAUCAUCCGCCUGGUCGAAGCGCAACUGAGCGCCCCCCCGCCCAUGGAGGAGGAGUUUGAGGAGAUCCACACGCCGCAGUUGAUCAACGAGGCUGGCGAAAUAGAGGAACUGUUUGUCAACGAUGCCCGCUGGACGGCCGAGGAUGCGGCCAUCGAUCUGCGCCAGCUGCUGCAGCAGAUACGCCAGCUCGAGCAGGAGUUGCAGGCCGGAGGUGGAGCAGCAUCAGCCAGCAUGCACCGCGCUAAACGACAGCCCGAAACGCUGUACAACUUCCACUACGAUCACCUGGAGGUGGACAGCUGCGAGGCGGAUGUGCUCCUCCUGGAGCAGCUGAACCAUGCGCCAUUCUACGUGCAGAAUAAGUCGCUGCUGCUGCCCGCUGGCACGCUCAAUGUGCAGCGCCUGGAGCUGCUGCAACUGCCCACGCAGCCGCUGCACGCCGAGUCCCAUGAGCGCCUGCAGCUGGAGGGGAGUCUGUCAUGCGAGACCAUCAAUGGCCUGGGCUGGAGCCAACUGCUGCAGGAUCUGGUGUGGCGUCAUCGGCCACUGCAGCUCUCCCAGCUGCAUGUGCAGGGCGCUGUCAUAUUCGAAGAGGCGCUGCAUCUGAGCUCGCUGAAUGAGUUGCGUUUCCCCGAGGAUUAUCUGUGGUCACAGGGCAACGGCACCAGCGUUGUCCACGCGCCCAAGGAGUUCACCCAGACCCUCGCUGCCAAUGUUGUGGACACGACUGGAACCAUCAAUGAGAUGAGACCGGAGGAUGCCAUCACGCUCAGCGAUGCACAGGACUGGCCCGGUCUGGUGACCUUCUCCCAGCUGGAGGUGUCCGAGGAACUCGAGCUAAAUGGCAGCGCCCAAGGCAGGCAGUUCGAGGAGGCGCCACUGAAUCCCACACUGCUGGAGACGCAUCACAUCCGCACCGCCGACUGCCAUUUCAUGCAGCUGCACGUCCAGGGUGCGCUCCAUUUGCGUGGCCAACUGGACAACGACAGCUACGACGCGCUGCUGGGGGAUCUGCUGCAGCGUUCGGCCGAUCCCAGCGAGGAGCUGCUGGUUGCGGGUGCCAAGCGCAUUGUGGGGCAGCUGCAGCUGCCAGUGGACACCCAUGUGGCGGACUCCAAGCUGAGCGGCAUACCCUUGGAGCACUUCGUGACGAAACACACAGCGCAGAUGCUCCGCAAUUUGACGCAGCUGCCGGCAUACGUGUACUUCCAUCGGUUGCAGCUGCCACCAGGCGCCAGCUACGAUGGGGUGCAGCUGGAGCAGCUGCUGGGGGAAGCCCUGAGGCUGGAUGGAGCUGCGCUCAGUUCGCGCGGCACUCGUCUGCGCUUCGAGGGUCCAGCGCCCGUCUUGGCUGGUGGACUGCGGCUGGAGCACAGCCUCAAUCAGGUGCCACUGGCCAGUGGCUAUCAGACGCUGCGCGAACCGCUGCACCUGCAACGUGCGGGAUUCCAGCGACUGGAGGCCGCACAGGCGCAGGUUGGCGGUGAAGUGCGUGGCUUGGGGCUGCUCAAUGGCCAACGACUCGGCGAGUUGCUGCAGCAGGAGCCGCACAGCUGGUCGGGCGAGGUGCACGUACAGGAAUUGAUACUGCCGCACGGUGUGCAGGCACAAGAGCUGCAGGGCAUACGCGCGGAGGUGCUGCUCGACUUUCUGCAGCAGCUGGACGAGCUGCCGCUGCUGAUACUGCAGGGACAGCUGCAGGUGGCACGGAUUGCCGUCAGUGGCUCGGUGCAGGUCGAAGGUGCGCUCAACACACGAGACCUGGAGCAGCUGCAGCGGGAGGUCAUCUGGCUGGAUCGCAGCAACGAGAUGCGCACACGCUGGCAGCUCCAGCAGCCGCCUGUGUUCGCCAGCGAUCUGCAUAUCCUCGGCAGCUUCAACGAGCGACUGCUGCCCGAGCUGCUCGCCGACAUUGUCUUCCGCUCGGACAGCGACAGCGCCGGGGAUGUCAUCAUUGAGGGCACAAAAAGCUUCACUGCGCCGCUGCGCGUCCUCGAUGAACUGCAUUUGCAGGCGCUCAACGGUGUGCCCUUCGAGCGGCUGGCCAACAGGCGGCAGCCCCUUAAUCUCUCAGGCAAUGUGCGUCUGCAGGGCCGCCUCCAAGCGGCCAAUGUGCAGCUUCAGGGCGCGUUGAACAACGAUCCGCUGGCCCUGGCACAGCUGGAGCAGCUCCUGCACUGGGACACCCAAUGGCAGGCCUUUGUGCAGCGCGGCCGCGUGGCUCUGCUGCCUGGCGGUGCCUCUAGGCCGCUGGACGAUCUCACAGUGCUCGGGCAUCUCGGGAACCUCAACGAGGAGCCGCUGCAGCAGCUCUUUGAGCAAUUAAUAUUCAAGCAGCAGUCGCACAUCCGCAUCGAUGGCCACAAGUUGUUUACGGGACGCGUAAGCAUGCCCGAGGGAGCGCACAUCCAACGGCUCAACGGACUCGACCUCGAGCAGCUGCUCAGUCAGCUAAUCUUCAUCGAUGGACAGCAGCAGCAGCAGCAGGAGGUGGAGACACCCGUGCACUUUGCUGCGCCCAUUCAAAUGGAACAACUGCUGGCGGAGCGUCUCCUGUUGACGGGGCAGCUACUCAAUGGCUGCAACAUCAGCGACUGGCUGCUGGACACGGUACGCGUGGAUCGUGACUGGCAGGGCAAUGCUGCUCAAGCUCCCAUCACAUUUGCCGCAGGCUCAUUGGAUCACAAUGCCCUGCAGUUGGAGCAGCUAAAUCACGUGAAUCUUUCGCAUUUGGUCACCCUACGCACGGAGCAGCAGCUGCUGGCUCCAUUAAUCGCCGAGGAGCUGCUGCUGGAUGGUGUCAUGGAGGUGCAGGGGCUGGUCAACGGCCGCAAGCUCAGCCAGGAAUAUGCCAAUACUUUGAUGAUAAAUUCCCCCGUGCCACAGACCGUGGAGACGCCACUGCUGCUGCCGGGCAUCCAUGUGCGUGGCCCGCUGCAGGUGAACGCACCAAUCAAUGGCGAUGCCAGCCUCAAUCUGAGCGAUGUGGCCAGCCUGGAGGAGCCGCAGCUGCGUCUGCAAUCACCGCUCUACUUCAGCCGCCUGCAUGCGCCCGCGCUGACUGCCAGACAGCGGCUGAAUGCCUUCGACUACGUGGACUGGCACGCGCGCAGUCUGUGGGCACGCGGCAGAGCUGAGCAGACAAUCAGCGGCAAUUGGCGUGUGAAGCAGCUGAGGGUUAAGCAAGCGGCCUUGGGGGACGCCAGGAACCGCCGCCAGACCAUGGAGCAAAUGGAGCAGCACUACAGGCAGCUGUGCCAGCGGCUGUCCAAGAUGUUUGGCUCCCUGAGACUGCCCUAUCAGGUGCAGAAGCUGAAGCGAAGCUUCACGCUGCGGCAGCCCAAGGGCAGCGAGGAUGUGCGGCGCAUCUUUGGCCUGGAGGCGGACAUCCAGGCGGGUCCUUCCGUUUAUCUGCUCGUGAACGAGCGGGGCUGCUGGACGCGCAUUCAUCGCUGGAAUGGCACACGGUUCGCCCAUGCCGGUGCCUUUCAGAGCGGACCCGUGGACGAGGUGAUUGGCCUUCAGUUGAGGAACGAAAGUGGACGGGAGUUCGCCUUUAUGACCAGCCACGAAAUGGAUGAGGGCGAGCACGAGUCCACGUGGAAUUGCACGGGUGCCGCCGCCGGGGCCGCCAGCGUGCUGCAGAGCUGGCACACGGACGAGGAGCAGGCGGAGACGGAGUCGCUGGCGAUACCAGUGGAGACGCUUCAGGGCUUGAAGCAGCAGCAAAAGGAGCUCCAGAAGCGCCCAUUGCCCAGCAGCUAUCAGGCGGCCAUCAAGUACUUGCAGCGUCCGCCCGUUGAGUCCGAGCUGGGACCACACUGGGGACGUCGCCAGCAGAUCGGCCCCGAGGAGCUGCACGCGCUGCGGCGACGCCUGCUGGAGACGCUCAACUUUCGGCUGCAAACGGAGGUGAAUAUCACGCAGCUGAGCAUUCCCGAGAGCGAUCUGUAUGACGAGCAGCUGGUCGAGGACUUUCUGCAAUUGAUGCAGCAGCUGCGGGGCUUUCGGCCACGCCUCCACACGGACACGCUGCCCCUGCCGGAUAGUCCGGCUCGGGUGCUGGCCGCACGCAGUGCGCAGCUCAUUUGGCCCGUGCUGCAAGAGUUGCGAGAGAUUUCGGCUGACGAUGGGUCGGAGUUGGCUCUGGAGGAGACCCUGCUGGAUGUCCUUGAGGUGGCCAACAAUGGGAGCUCUGAUCAGACCCUGCAGCUGCAUGCGGUAAUUGGCAGAUUGCGUCAAUUGCAGGAGCAGCUGCAGCAUGAGCAGCAGCAGCACGGCGAACCGAUGGCCUCUGCCUCCAGUCGUGCGUCCGAGCAGACGCUGCUCCACUGGCGACCAGUGCAGACGCUGCGCCUGCUUGUGGGCCCCAAGAAUCGUUCGCGGCUGCUCUAUGCGCGCCUCACCCGCUUGGACCCAGACGAGGGGGAUCGACCAACCACACCAUCGAGCGCGCCGCCUGCCCACAUCCAGCUGCACCAUGCCAACGGCUCGCUGUUCCAGUCGCUGGCCGCGGAUCGUCAGGCCAGGCAGCUGACUGCCCUGCGUGUGCGGGACGAGACGCUGCUGGCCUUCGUCGAAGGCUGCUGCCAGAUACGCGUCUUCAUCUACCGCGGUGUCCAGGGCUUUGUGCCAUUCGCGCGCUUUCGCGCCCACAGGACCAGCGAGGAGUCGCCGGUGGUGCAGCUGCUUGCGCUCCGACUGCCGCUUCAGCGUUCGCCCGGAGCAGUCUAUGCACUGGCCGUGGCCCAGGCGCGUCGCAUAACCUUCUACGAGCUGGUCAUCGCGGGGCAACUGGAGCCAUGGCUCAAGUGCAAUUAAUCUAUGUCUGAUUUAAGGUCUGAUUGGAUCUUUCUCCCAUGAGGAAAUGUGCCCAACAAGAGCUGUGAAAAUGCAAACGCAAAGGAGCCGCAGAUCCUAGUGCCAAACCCACAAAAGCGAAACAAACGAAAUUAGAAACAACUAAAAAGAAAAAACACACCAAAAAAUA